GUCCGUCCACCUCGUCUCCCAUGCCAUCCCUUCCUGCCCAUCCCUGCCUUCUCCUCCUCCCGGCCAUUCCCGCCUCUCGUCUCCUCCCUCUCAGGGCUCCCCCCCUCCUCCUUCCCAAUCUUCACACAACACACAAGGAAGGAGCUAGCAGCACCGGGACUCCGAGCCGCCCGUCCUCCCCCUGCGCACUAACAGCCGGACACAGCAGUGCUCUCCUCCCCGACACCCAGCAGCUGGAGCCAUGAGCUGGGGCACGGAGCUGUGGGAUCAGUUCGAUAAUUUAGAGAAACACACGCUGUGGGGAUUAGACUUUCUGGACAAGUAUGCAAAAUUUGUCAAAGAAAGAUUAGAAAUCGAGCAGAACUAUGCAAAACAGCUUAGGAAUUUGGUGAAAAAGUUUUGUCCGAAACGUUCUUCGAAAGAGGAAGAGCCCAGAUUUACAUCAUGCAUGGCAUUUUAUAACAUACUGAAUGAGCUGAAUGACUAUGCCGGACAGCGGGAAGUAGUGGCGGAGGAAAUUGGACACAAAGUUUAUGCAGAAAUAAUGAAGUAUUCCUAUGAGCUGAAAGCUGAGCGAAAAUCGCAUCUGCAGGAGGGGCGGAGGGCGCAGCAGUACCUCGAUAUCUGUUUGAAACAAAUGGACAGUAGUAAAAAGAAGUUUGAGCGGGAAUGCAGAGAAUCAGAAAAGGCGCAGCAGACGUACGAGAAACUGGAUAAUGACACCAAUGCCACCAAAUCUGAUGUGGAGAAGGCAAAGCAGCAGCUGAACCUGCGCACGCACAUGGCAGACGAAAGCAAAAACGAAUACGCGGCACAACUACAGAACUACAACGCAGAACAACACAAACAUUUCUACAUUGUAAUCCCCCAGGUUUACAAGCACCUUCAGGAAAUGGAUGAGAAGAGAACUGUAAAGCUGGGCGAGUGUUAUAAAGGUUUUGCUGAUGCAGAGCGAAAAGUUAUCCCAAUUAUCUCAAAAUGCCUAGAAGGAAUGGUGCAGGCAGCCAAGUCUGUGGACGAGCGCAGGGACUCUCAAAUAGUUGUGGAUUGCUUUAAAUCUGGCUUUGAACCCCCUGGAGAUUUCCCUUUUGAAGACUACAGUCAGCACAUUUACCGAACGGUUUCUGAUGGUACAAUAAGUACCACAAAGCCAGAAGUAACAAGAAUCGACCCCAAAAUAACAAUAGGAAAAGCGAAGGGCAAGCUGUGGCUUUUUGGGAAGAAACCCAAGGGCCCGGCUUUAGAAGAUUUUAGUCACCUUCCCCCAGAGCAGAGACGGAAGAAACUGCAGCAAAGAAUUGAUGAACUGAAUCGAGAGCUUCAGAAGGAGAUUGAUCAAAAAGAGGCCCUGAAUAAGAUGAAAGAUGUCUAUGAGAAGAGCCCACAAAUGGGAGACCCCAGCAGCUUGCAACCAAAAAUAGCAGAAACGAUGAGCAACAUUGAGAAGCUUCGGAUGGAAAUACAUAAAAAUGAGGCCUGGCUGUCGGAGGUGGAAGGAAAAGUGGCACAGAGAAGUGAAAGAAGGCACAGCACAGAAGCUAAUCACCUGGUGGCCCAAGGAAGAGAGAGUCCGGAAGGAAGUUACACAGAAGAUGCGAACCAAGAAGGCAGAAUCCAACCUCAGCCUUCCAUUCAUCCAGAAUUUGAUGAUGAGUUUGACGAUGACGACCCCCUCCCAGCCAUUGGGCAUUGUAAAGCGAUCUAUCCUUUUGAUGGUAAUAAUGAAGGCACUCUGGCUAUGAAAGAAGGAGAAGUGAUGUAUAUCAUUGAGGAAGACAAAGGUGACGGCUGGACAAGAGCAAGACGGCAGAACGGGGAGGAAGGCUACGUGCCCUCGUCUUACAUAGAGGUUACUCUAGAGAAAAACAGUAAAGGUUCCUGAAGAGGGUGUCUGUGAAUCUGGGCGAGAUGUGGAAGGCGUUUACAUGCAGCUUCUUUUAAGGGGAGGGGAAUUAGGCCGGGGACACAUGUGAGAGCAGCAACAUGCAUGAACGCAUGAUACAUACGUGUUAUUUACUAACUUUUUAUUUUUUUAUGGUGCCGUUUUCGCUUGCAAUGGGAAAUGCACCUCAUUUUCACAGCACAUCAUUCCAUCCUUAUUUUACAAAUGACAUAAGUGGAAAACAAACUAGUGAAUGUUGUAUCCUGCUGCACCUUGAUGGCUCUCGCAGGGACGUCCUCAUCAUCUGCUGGCCUACCCUCCAAAAGAUGAUGAUCUGUGAUAGUUUGAAUGUUGCACCUUCUUUCCAAACAUCCUUGAAUAAAGACCUGACCCUCCCAAAUUUCUUUACAUGACCCUUAGUAAUAACCACCGAGUGGCUUCAUCAUUGGUGCAGCUCUGCAGAUGUUCACUAGAGUGUUUUUUUGUUGUCUCCUUACAUCACAUGGAGGCUUGUUGCCUGCAAGUUUUUAUCUUGCUCGUGUCUGCCUGUGCCAUCUACAUUCUCGACCCUAACCCUUUUAGAUUUGCAUGAAACAUGUUUCUCACCUUAACUUCUUUUCAGCCUCCAUUUUCUUCUACAGUCUGUACAGCCUGAUCGCCUUCCUAUCAAAACCACUAUAUAUAUUUUUUUUUUCCCCGUUGACUACCGAUCAUUAAAUAUCUUCAAGCCAACGCUCCCAUAUGUUGUUUUUGCUGCUACGACUGUCCAUCCUUUCCAAUAACUUAUUACAUUCCGGUUUGUAUUUUGGACAUCAAUAACCUUGUAUGUAUCUGUAUAAAUUGUACCUGCAUCAUUCCUGAGCAAAAAAGAAAGAAAGAAAAAAGCUCUGAAAUCUGGUUCAACUUGUGCUCUGUGAUCCAGAAGAUCAUUCUGCAUGGGGCACAGGUCAACU